AUGUCUAUGUACUUCUUCCGGCUGCACAAUCUGCGCAGGGCCGCCGAAGAGGACAAGAAGAAGAAGUUGCAGCAGCAGAAGCAGAAACAGCGGCGGUCGACCAACAGCCGCCAUCACCGGUACACCGGCAAUUCGGCGCUCACUUUAGCGCCGAGCAGGCUGUUCGAGCGGCCGCCACUCACGCCCAGCGACUCCUUGGACGAGGUGGCCUUGCAGAUUCCCAGGGUUCGAGUCGAAUACUACGUCAAUGAGAACACGUUUAAGGAACGACUGCAAUUAUAUUUUAUCAAAAAUCAAAGGUCUAGUCUUAGGAUACGAAUCGCGAAUUUAUUCUUAAAGCUACUUACAUGCAUUCUGUACAUAGUUCGUGUGAUUAUCGACGAUCAUCCCAUGCACGCAAAAUGUUACGGUUGUACGUUGGGGAACAAAACGGAAUUCAUGAUAUCGGCGAAUCUGACCGAGGAAAAGUUCCAAGAAAAUCCCAUAAUAAACUGGGAUGCGAUUCUGUGGGUGAACCGCCCCCUAGAAUUGUACAUAUUCCAAGUGAUAUUGGCGAUAAUUAGCCUAUCGGAGGCGCUACUUUUGGCCUAUCUCGGUUAUAAGGGUAAUAUUUGGCAGCAAUUACUAUCGUUUCAUUUCAUAUUGGAAAUGGUGAAUACGAUACCUUUUAUGUUCACGCUUUUCUACGCUCCGUUGAGAAACCUAUUUAUUCCCGUUUUCCUGAACUGUUGGCUGGCGAAGCACGCUCUGGAAAACAUGUUUAACGAUCUCCACAGGGCGAUGCAGAAGUCUCAAUCGGCUCUAUCUCAACAGCUCACCAUCCUCUCGGCGACGCUCAUUUGCCUCGUAUUUACAAGCGUUUGCGGCAUACAGCAUUGCCAGCGCGCCGGCCACCGGCAUUUGAACCUCUUCCAGGCCACUUACUACGUGGUGGUGACGUUCUCUACGGUGGGAUACGGGGAUUUCGUGCCCGACAUUUGGCCCUCUCAACUCUGGAUGGUCAUCAUGAUAUGCGUCGCCCUUAUUGUCCUGCCUACGCAGUUCGAGCAAUUAGCAUUUACGUGGAUGGAACGACAGAAAUUAGGCGGUUCGUAUUCAUCGCAUCGAGCUCAAUCGGAAAAACACGUAGUCGUAUGCAGCACGACCUUACACGCCGACACCAUCAUGGAUUUCCUUAAUGAAUUCUACGCCCAUCCCCUUCUGCAGGAUUACUACGUCGUCUUGUUGUCCCCGAUGGAGUUGGAUACGACGAUGAGAAUGAUCCUGCAAGUGCCCAUAUGGGCGCAACGGGUCAUCUACAUCCAGGGCUCCUGUCUGAAGGACGGUGAUUUGGCGCGGGCGAGGAUGAACGAGGCCGAGGCGUGUUUCAUUCUCGCCGCGAGAAAUUACGCGGACAAAACGGCCGCGGACGAGCACACGAUACUGCGAUCGUGGGCGGUGAAAGACUUCGCCCCGAACGUGGCCCAAUACGUGCAGAUUUUCCGGCCGGAGAACAAGCUCCACGUGAAAUUCGCCGAGUUCGUCGUCUGCGAGGACGAGUUCAAGUACGCCCUGCUGGCGAACAAUUGCACGUGUCCGGGCGCCUCGACGCUCGUCACUCUGCUGUUGCACACGUCUCGAGGACAGGAGGGUCAACAGUCGCAGGAGGAGUGGCAUCGAUUGUACGGCAGGUGUUCGGGGAACGAAAUCUAUCACAUCAAGCUCGAGGACAGCCGGUUUUUCGGCGAAUACGAAGGGAAGAGCUUCACCUACGCCAGUUUCCACUCGCAUAGAAAGUACGGGGUGGCGUUGGUGGGUGUGCGACCGGCCCAGCUGCCUGAAUUCUACGAGGACACGAUCCUGCUGAACCCGGGGCCGAGGCACAUCAUGAAGAAGGACGACACGUGCUACUACAUGAGCAUCACCAAGGAGGAGAACUCGUCGUUCAGCGUGGCCAAUCAGCAGCCGAACAACAACAACGCCGCCGCCGCCGGCGAUCCGGUGAUCGUGCACGCCAAGGAGGAGGAGAAGUCCACGUCGAUACCGAUCGCAUCAACGAAAGACGCCACUUUCCCCGACAAUACAGGAACCAGCGAUUCCCGGCAGUGCCUCAAGGAGUCCUCGCCCGGUUCCAUCUCCUUCGACGUAUCCGUAACCGGCAACCACCUGGACAUCCCGCGCAGCGGCGACAAUCCGAACCUCCUCAGCCCGGAGACCAUCAACCAGCGCAGGAACUCGAGGCGGCCGAGCAUCCUGCCGGUGCCCGACAUGUUCACCAGCAGCUCCUUGAACAUAGCGCAGGACGUCACCGAUGAAGGGGACGAGAGCGAGGACGAGCUCGAGGACGACGUGCCUUGGAGAUCGCCCAGCGAGAAAAUCGCGUCCAGUCUUACUCUAGACGAUUCUGAGGAUUCGAGUCGACUAGCAUGGCAUGACGAAUGUAUUCGCAUCGUCAAGGGUUUCCCGCCGGUAUCGCCGUACAUCGGCGUUAGCCCGACGUUGUGCUAUCUGCUCAAAGAAAAGAAGCCGCUGUGCUGCCUCCAGUUAGCUCAAGUAUGCGAACAUUGUAGCUAUAGAAACGCCAGAGACUACCAAUGGCAAAAUAAAACCAUCAUUUUAGCGGCCGACUACGCCUCGAACGGCAUCUACAAUUUCAUUAUACCGUUGAGGGCGCACUUUCGCAGCAAGACCUCAUUGAAUCCCAUCAUAUUGUUGCUGGAGAGGCGGCCGGAUAUUGCGUUCUUGGACGCGGUUUCCUACUUUCCUUUGGUCUAUUGGAUGUUGGGAUCGAUUGAUUGUUUGGACGAUCUGCUUAGAGCUGGUAUUACUCUGGCUGAGAAUGUUGUGGUGGUUAACAAGGAAUUGUCCAAUUCCGCUGAAGAAGAUUCUUUGUCGGAUUGUAACACCAUUGUGGCCGUGCAGACAAUGUUCAAAUUUUUUCCGAGUAUCAAAAGCAUCACGGAAUUGUCACAAUCGUCGAAUAUGAGGUUCAUGCAGUUCAGGGCGCACGACAAAUACGCCUUGCAUCUUUCCAAGAUGGAAAAGAGGGAAAAAGAACGAGGAUCGCAUAUUUCCUAUAUGUUUCGACUACCGUUCGCCGCCGGUAGCGUCUUCAGCGCCAGCAUGUUGGACACCUUGCUCUAUCAAGCCUUCGUCAAAGAUUAUGUCAUCACAUUCGUCCGAUUGCUGCUCGGCGUCGAUCAAGCGCCCGGAUCCGGUUUCCUCACAUCGAUGCGGAUAUCAAAGGACGAUAUGUGGAUAAGGACGUACGGGCGGUUGUAUCAGAAAUUGUGUUCGACAACGUGCGAGAUACCGAUAGGUAUCUACAGGACGCAGGACACGUCCAUAUCAGAUUCCUCUCAUCUCGACGAGGAUCUAGGACCGGAUAGAGUAGGUGUCACUUAUCGACCCAAAGAAGGAACCAAUUGCCUCGGAUGCACUAAUAGACGGCCCUCAAUGUUCUCAAUGAGCGGCAACGACGAGGCGAAAGACAACCACGACCAGCAAAUCGAACGGGCCGAAAUCGCCAAUUUGGUUCGAUCCAGAAUGGAGAGCUUGAAUCUCCCGACGAUCGAUUACAACGACGUGAGCGAGAAGAGGAACAGCCUCUCCUACGUGAUCAUCAAUCCCAGCUGCGAUUUGAAAUUGGAAGAGGGCGACAUCAUUUACCUGGUGAGACCGAGCCCGUUCUCGGCGCAAAAAACCUUCGAGCGGCACAACAGCCGCCGCAAAUCGAACAUCAGCUUCUGCUCGCAAACGCUGCUCGCCCAGAUGGCGACCGGCUCGCAGGCGGGCAGCCGGCGCGGCUCCGGCCUCGGCCUCAGCGGCUACCAGUCGCCGCGGCCGCCGCCGCUCGCCACCACCAAAUCCAAUUCGCUGUCGCUGCCCGACAGCCCGACCGUCGCCGGCUACCAACGGGGCCGCUCCAACAGCCUGCGCGUCAUCGACGACAUACUGCUGCGCCGGUCCAACAGCCUGCGCCAGGGCCUGCCCAACGUCGGCAGCGCCAGGCGCAAGAGCAGCCUCGAGGACAUCGGCUUGAGCCACUUCAGCACCAACUAUUCGAAUACCAUUAAGAUCGCGCUGAACGGCAGCAUCGGGUUGGAGGUGACGCCGCCGGAGGAGAACAGCCCGCCGGUCAUCAGCAGCAACACUGCGCUGGUGGUCAAUCCGCAGAUGCCCAUUCCAUCCGUACUCACCGGCAGCACUUUGAGCUUGAGCCACAGCGGUCUACCCGGAGCUAGUACUUCGAUGUCCAUGCCACAUGUUCCGAUGAACAUGGGCUUGCCGAGCCAAGGGUACGGGGAGCCGGGGGCGGUGCAGCAGCAGCAGACGGCGCUGCCGCCGCCGCCGGCGGCGGAUCCGCAACACCUGCAAGGGACGAUAGUAUGA